AUGGCCCACACCAAGCAAACCUCUCGCAAGUCCACAGGAGGGAAGGCGCCGAGGAAGUCCGCUCCGGCCACCAGCGGAGUCAAGAAGCCCGAACAAAUGAAGGCCCGGAACCGUGGCCCUCUGCGAGAUCCGAAAGUACCAGAAGAGUACCGAGCUCUUGAUGCGCAAGCUGCCCUUCUAGUGCUGGUUCGCGAGAUUGCACAGGAUUUCAAGACCGAUCUUAGGUUCCAAAGCUCUGCUGUUUUUGCUCUCCAGGAAGCCGCCGAGGCAUACCUGGUCGAUCUCUUUGGGUACACCAACUUGUGCACCGUUCAUGGCAAGAGGGUCACCAUUAUGCCUAAGGACAUUCAGCUCACCAGAAGGAUUAGGGGAGAACGAGCUUUAAUGUAA